AUGAGUAAUAUGAUACCCGACCUUGACAACCCCGUGUUCCAACCAUACUGUAUCUGGUAUCCGGACUUCGCAGACGAAGCCACUUAUCGUGAAGUUGCUCGCCGAUAUCCGUCGAUGCGCUAUCAAGUAGGCCGAGCGUGUGCUGCUGCGGGGUACACAGACCUCUACACGAAGCUCGAUCUCCUCCCUGAUACUUCUAUUGCUGAAGAAGCCCGAGAAAGUAAGGAAGGGGCAGAGAUAUAUCAGAUAAUUAUGUCAGAGCCCCAAAGAUAUGCUAUUAUGAACGAUUUCACUCGAUCUAUUGAUCUGGAGACCCCACGAACACCUGCCUUCCUAAGUGGUGAUAUGAAACCUCGAUGGAGGUUAGACCAACGCGUCCCGCCUCCUGAGAAUCUUCCAUACACGACUCCAGAUGAUAUUGAUAUUGAAGAGGACGGAUUUAUCGGCAUAGAAAAAAAGGAACUAGAUGAUUCUCAUUUCGAACUUGGUCCAGAAGGAGCUAAACUACUGUGA